AUGCGUCUCGAAAAAAUAUUAGAAGAUUCGAAGCAGAUUCUUAAUACGAUGAGGACGCUCAUCGAAAAAGGAGAGACGGAGCGCUUAAAAGAGAAUAAAAGCGAGUGGCUUUACGGGGGACAAACAUUCACCGAAAUGGUUACUUCGCUGGAGCAAGGCAUAAAGGAAGAACUCAAGUCUCAAAAUAUCUAUGUCGACGGCUGCUCUAUGCGACAUUUUUCCAAGGCAGUUAAGAUUACCCUAUCUAAUCCCGCGGCACGACUAUUAAUCAUUCCUAUUAACGGAACUUCGACCCUUUUCCCCGGCGGCGAACUACCAACCGAUACCUCUUGCUAUAUCGAUGAGUAG